AUGGGCGACAGACGCCCAACCCUGUUAGACCUGCGAGCGAACUCGCAAGCCUCUGGCUUCUCGAGCGCCUCCAGGCCCCUUCGCUCCCCUCGCUUGCAUAUUGCUGGUGAGGUGCCUCCCGAACUUUCACCUCUCGACGCCUUUGCUCUCCAGAGUCGCCUCCUCGCCAAGCAACUUCAAACUGGCGAUAAAGAUGGCAACAGGGUCAGCCGCCUCCCGCCUCUCACUCUCCAAAGCCCUUUGGUCGUACAGGGCCGAUCCGAAUACUUUCGCUCCAUGUCCCAGGAGCCCCCGGCCCACCCCGCCGACUCGCCUAAUCGCUCCAACGACUCCCUCGGCUUGAAAACUGCUUUCGAGGAUGCCUUUGAAUCGAGCGACCGCCCGGUUUCCAUGCACCCGCGCAUGAGCCGUAUUCCGCCUACUCUCAACGACGCUCCUCCCAUGCCGGGAGCCUUUCCCGAGAUGCCUCGCGGCCGCCAACAACUCAACCCCGAUGACCACGAGAGCUUCUUCGGAGCUCGCACCCGCUCUCCGUCGCCCAUUCAGAGCGAUACACAGUCGCAGUUUGAAAGACGCUCGGAGAAUUCCCCCGUCCGAAAUAUUCCCGGCGCGUUCCCUUCCACCCAGCUCGCAGUCUCUCCCGAAAGACCACGCCCAUCCUUUGAAGACACUGGCCUUGUUCCUCCAAGGCCGCCCUUCUUGACCAAACGAACCUCGAGUAUAAAGUCUUCCCCGCCAGCCUCGAUAGACGACGAUGUCACCAGUACUCCCGCCAGCUCUUUUCAUUCCACCACGGCCCGUAAGCUGUCCUCUGCAAGCAGCGCCUUUGCUGCUCCCGGCGCUCUCCCCAACAGCUUCCAAAGAUCUCCCUCCGUAGCGUCCGAUUGCUCAGCCCUUCCCCGUCCAUCGUUCAACUUUUCUCGCCCGCUCAGUCGUGCUGGCACUCCCUCUUUUGACCUGCCUUCUAGACAGGCCUCUUCCGACAGCCAACCCUCAUUCUUUCUAGCCGAUGAUGCCCAUACUCCGGUCAGCAUGCAUAGCGAGGCAUUCCUUGAUCACCAAGCAGAUGAGGGGAGAGGCACUGGCCAGUCUUCUUAUAUUUACUCCAAGUUUACUCUUCCGCGAGGAAAGGCUGUGCAAAGAUCAGAGCCACCCGAAAACUAUCCUCUCACGCCUUCAACCUCUCAUCCACGCAAAAUGUCGGGUGCGCCACCUUCUCCACCAACUCGCCCUUCUAGUUCAUCAGCGAGGUUCAUGGGAGACGACGCCUCUAGCUUCAUUGCCCGGCCUUCAUUCGAUGCAGGCAAGACGAGCCUGGACAUUUCCCGAAUGGCUCCCGCAGGAUACCCAUCUCCAAAUUCGAGCCGGCCGUCCGUCGAGUUUGCCCUUCGCCCAGAAGAUGUUGCUCGCGGCCGAGACUUGCAAUCCACCCUAAAUGACGCACGUGGAAGAAUGCCAGCACCUACUGUUACAUCGGAUAGUGCCGGGACUAUUCGACCGCCCCCGACAGCGACGUCCUUUUCAUCUUCUUUGCCAGAACUCACAGCCGAAGACCAUUUGGACAAGGGCAUUCAACUGCACGAAAAUGGCUCACUCAAAGAAUCUACAUAUCAUCUGCGACUUGCUGCCAAACAAAACAACCCUACCGCCAUGCUGCUUUAUGCUCUUGCUUGUCGCCACGGCUGGGGAAUGCGCCCUAGUCAGAAGGAAGGCGUCGAGUGGCUUCGCAAGGUUGCCGAACAUGCCAGCGUCGAGGUUGCUGAUGAUCAAGACCAUGUCAAUGAGGGAAAGCAUGUCGAUGUUCUUGAACGGCGAGCGCGUAAGGCACAGUUUGCCCUCAGCAUCUACGAGCUUGGAGUUAGUCAUAUGAACGGCUGGGGUAUCGAGCAAGAUAAGACACUUGCUCUGAGAUGUUUCGAAAUCGCAGGCAACUGGGGUGACGUCGAUGCACUCGCUGAGGCCGGCUUCUGCUAUGCUCAAGGUGUCGGUUGUAAGAAGAAUCUCAAGAAGAGUGCCAAGUUCUACAAACUUGCCGAAGCCAAGGGUAUGAGCAUGGUUGGCAAUAGCUGGAUCCACAAGGCCAAGUACAACGACGAUACUGCCAAUGACGCCCCCUCCAAAGACACCCAAAAGGCUCGUAGCAGAUCACGGGCGCGGACCAUGUUUGGUUUGAAGCGUUCAGUAGAUUAG